CGACCAGCACGGAGGAAGUGGUCACGAACACACACAACAGGCUGUGUUGAUGCAGUCUUCCCAUGCCUUAAGACAGCGUUAUAACACAGUCUACGUGACUGUUGUUGUUCAAUGUCGUUCCCUUUUCCCCCUCUUUUCCUUCCUCCCAGUCGAUCUUUUUAAACUAUGGCGGGCGCUUUGCGCGUAAGAAGCCACUCCAAAAAGACGUGAGCUUUGGCACAUCUUGACGCAUAGGAGAUGAGUCCCUUUAACGUGUUGUGUAAAAGCUGCCAGGGCAGGAUUUUGGUUAUCAGUCUGACCCGUAGCCGAAAUGAUCUUAAAAGGUUUUUAACGAUGUCAAGACAAACUCUGCGUGAUACAAACACGAAAGGCGAAAUGAAGAAUGAAGCUGCAGGUAGUGUCGCCAAAACGCUCACAGAUGAAGAAUAUGCCAUUCACAAAGCGCAUAGAGAGGCAUGUGAGAUCUCUGCUGGUUCCUACAUCUGUUUCCCAGUAAAGAGGUCACCCAUUUAUACCUUCUCCCUGACCCCCGGCAAUCUGUUUUGGGCGGAGCAGCAGCUGUACCGCGACCCCUCCACCGGGUACAAGGUCUUCACCGAGCACGCUCACCUCCGGAGAGGGACGUGCUGUGGGAGCGCGUGCAGACACUGUCCGUACGGCCAGACGAACGUGAAGGACCCGGCUCUGAAGAAGCGCUUCAACUCUGUGUUCUACGUGUAGGCCCCUCAGCCCAGCGCCUGAGGUGCUCAGCGAGACGCCUGUUUUGAAUGCGCCGUGGCUUUCUUUGGCGCGUUGUUAUUUUGGACCGCUCUCACAGUCAUUUUUUCAACUCGCAUACUAAAUGAUGAAAUGUGGAGGGGUGUCUGUGCAAUGUGCUUUUUUUUUGGGGGGGGGGUAUUUUUCGCGAUGAAUCCCAACUAUUUCUCCGGAUGUAUUUCAUAUUCUCUCACCACCUGACUGGGAGUGUUUUUUUUUUUUCUAUUUUGAAUAUCUGUUGGUGAUUCUUUUUUUGUGUGUGUUAUGUGAAAAUGAAAAUGAAUUCAAUGAAUAA